AUCGCCGUUUAUCUCAUGACCUUUUUGAUUGUUACCGUCGCCUGGGCUGCCCACAUAAGGCUGUUUCAGGUCAUUGAGCGUAUCGAUGAUACUCUUGCUCUGCUCAACCUGGCCUGCAUGAUGCUUAUUACCUUCCUCCCUUACACUUUCACUCUGAUGGCAACAUUCCCAGAACACAUCCUUGGCAUUCUUCUCUUCUGCGCUUGUGUGAUGGUGAUUGGUUUAAUUCAGGCCCUCAUCGUGUUGUACGGGUUCAGUCGUCCGUUUCUACUCAGCGAGCAGAUUCAGAUAUCGGAGAAUCAGUCGUACUACAAAAGGCACAUCCUCAAAGUCAUCAUGCGAGUGCCCGUCAUGUGUCUUAUCGCCACCAUUUUCUCCUUCAUCUUUUUCCAGCUGUCGUAUGCCCUUCUGGCCAUUGUCAUAUUCCUUCCCUACAUAUCUCAGUCUGUGAAAUGGAUCCGUAACAAAGCCAUUGGGCAACAGUGGGAGGAGAGCCCGGAAUCGGUCCUGUUUUACACGUACCACCCAAACGAGCCGCUGAGUAAGGAACGGGUGGAGGCUUUCAGCGAUGGAGUCUACGCCAUCGUAGCCACUCUCAUCAUCUUAGACAUAUGUGAGGAUAACGUGCCAGACCCAAACACAGUGAAGCAGCAGUUUAAUGACAGUUUGAUCACCGCCCUGCAGCAGUACGGCCCAGAGUACCUGGCCUACUUCGGCUCUUUCGUCACAGUCGGGCUGCUCUGGUUCGUCCAUCACUCUCUCUUCCUCCACGUCACCAAAACCACCCGUCUGAUGGGUCUCCUCAACACCUUCUCGUUGGCGUGCGUGGGCGGCUUGCCCCUCGCUUACCAGCUCACCCACGAGUUCCCCCCCAACUCGCGGAACGAGCUGGAGGCCAUCCAGAUCAGCUGCGUCAUCAUCUUCUUCGCCGGGAUCUUCCAGCUGGCCAUCUGGGUGACGGCGCUGUUCCUCGAGCGGGAGACGCUGCACCCGUACGUGCGUUACGGGGGUCGGGACCACGCCUUCAUGCUGGCCAAGCUGGGGCUGUACCCCUGCGUGGCGCUGGGGACGUACUUCCUCACGUGCGCGCUGAGCCGCUUCAGCGCCCCCAUCUUCCACCUGAUGCAGAUCACCGUUCCCUUCGCCUUCCUCGUCCUGCGUCUCCUCGUGCAGGUGGUCGUGGCGCUCGUCAGGAUGCUCUUCUGCCCCGCCCGGCCCCGCCCCGCCGCCUCCGCCCUGCUGGUGGAGGAAGACGGGGAAGAGGAGGCCCGCGUGCCCUUUAACGACGUCAUCACCUAG